CCUCCACAUAUUACAGAAGCUCGAGUCUCAGGCGGCUAACGACUGCUAACGAGCAUCAUCCUCCCGGACUACCCGCCAGCGCUGAAGCCAAGCUGGGGCUUAGGAGUGACACUGCAGCCGAGCUAGCCGAGAAGUGACAGCGGAUUCCCUGCCAGGAUGAGUGGUGAUGAGUUGAACCCUGCUGCAGUGGCUAAGCCAGUAGAAGAUGUGCAAGGAGAUGGACGGUGGAUGUCACAGCAUACAAGAUUUGUGCAGGAGUGUAAGGAUGCUGAACCAGACGUGCUUUUUGUGGGGGACUCUAUGGUACAACUAAUGCAGCAGUAUGAGGUCUGGAGGGAGUUAUUCUCUCCUCUUCAUGCGCUCAACUUUGGCAUUGGUGGGGACACCACCUGUAAUGUUCUGUGGAGGUUGCAGAAUGGAGAGCUGGAGAACAUCCGUCCAAAGGUGGUGGUGUUGUGGGUUGGAACCAACAAUCAUGAACACACAGCAGAGCAAGUUGCAGGAGGAGUUCUUGCUAUAGCGCAGCUGCUCACCUCCCGCCUCCCCAAGGCAAAGAUAGUUGUACUGGGUUUGUUGCCCCGAGGGGAGCAACCCAACCCACUGAGGGAGAAGAACGCGGCGGUUAACGGGUUCCUGCGCUCCUGGCUGCCUCGACUGGGCCAGGCUCAGUUGCUGGAUGUUAGCGGGGAGUUUGUUCACUCUGAUGGAGCCAUCAGCCCACAGGACAUGUUUGACUUCCUCCACCUGACAUCAGCAGGUUACCGCACCUUGUCGAAGCCCCUCAGCGACCUGCUGCUUCAGAUACUGGAGGAGACGCCAGAGGAGAGACGGGCAUCACUGGUUUGAGGGCCUUUGCCAUGCAGCACAUUUAUCCAGAGGCAUGUCUCACCCGCUGCUGCUGGAGACGGGGGAGACAUGUCCCUGGUAUCUGGAGGAGGAAGGGCUUACUCACUGGGGGGAGAGGCACCCUGAUGUGAGUGGGCCUAGGAGGGGUAUGGGAUCACAUUCAUGAGCGGAGGGUUGGGUUUCGGAGAGGUGCUGAAGAGGGAGAGAGACCUCACCACAGACAUAGACACUGUGAUUGCAGUAGUAACCUCUAUUGCAAAAGGAUUUACAAAGGUCGGACUACUCUGAAUCAUAGAUAGAUAAACUGAGAUCACAUGGGACUGCAGUGGCACACACCAACAGAUUAAUCUUGGCCUGUGGAUUAAAUGAGUGUUUCCCUCUGUCACCUGUGCCACAGAGAUAUGAUACAAAUCGAUCCAAUUUCUUCAUCCAUGGUUUGUUUGAUGUCAGCAAAACAGUUAGCUGUGCAGCCUCUCUGUUAACACAAGAGAAGUUUAGAGCACAGUAUUCUCACAGUAGGCAGUAUCCAACAUUGCACAGUGUUAACGUCUGAUCAGUAAGCUGUAGAGCAGUGGUUCCCAACCCAAGGUAUCAUAAGAACAAUAUUAGGGAUCACAAGAUUAUUUAAAGGAAAGGAUGGAAAAAAUAUUUCAGUUACAGAAAAAAAAUUUAUCUGGUGAAAUACAGAACAGUUUUACCUCUACGGGCUGCUAAAAGUCACUCCUCUGUGUGUUAUUAAUGCCUUUGAAAGUCCACUAGUCAUAAAGGUUGGGAGCCACUGCUACAGAGGACCUACUGCUGAGAUGCACACUGUAGAUUGCAGUGAGCAGUAUUUAAAAAUAACUCUCUCUAUUAGAUGAUUUUGCUUGAAGCAUAAAGCAAUGAAGUAAAUGUCAUAUAAAAUAAUUGACACAAAUUCACACUGAUAGUUUUGUCUGUCCAGUUUAUAUGUGUACUAUUUCAUAUACUCAGCAAAACAAGGAGCACUUAUUCUGCUAAAUGUUCACUUUUGAACUCGAUGUGUAACUAAUUAGAUGUCUUUUUAAACUAUUGAUCAAUAUAAAACAGAUCGUGUAUAUCUGGAGGGUUAAUGACUCCUCCACAGACCACACAUUCAGCUGAUCACUACUUCAUUCUUGUGUGACCUAAAACCACUGAACUAAAUGUUCAGCUCAAACCUGAUGCUGCAUGCAUGCUUUAAGAUGAGCCACGGCUUCACUGUAGAAAAUCAGCCAACGCUUCUCUAUGAAAUAAUCAGUCAAAAUCAUGUAUUCAUACAUAUGUAUUAGUGAUGUUAGGCUGUCUGAUAAUCUACACAAGUCCUCCAAACACCCCCGACCCUGCUGGUUAUGUGCAAAACUCCUAUCACACCCAGCAAGCAUUUCAUUUUAAUGACAAGUAGGUCACAAAUGUUUUGCUAAACUAAGACCUGCCAGUCUUUUAAAUCGUGCUCCUAAUGACUUCUUGAUUGGCUUGGGUAUCUGUGGAAGGACAUUUUUGAUUGGAAAAAAUAUUUCAGUGCAGAGUCCUGCACAAGUCUGAUUUUCAAGACCUACUCCCUGUCCAGAACUGCAAUGUGCAAUAAUUCGCAGCGCUACUUGAAACCACAAAUCCUGUAAUAACCAUGUGUUUUUCAAAUAAUUUGGUUAGGCAGCACAUUUAAAGUCAUCAGUUUGGGACAUUUCAUACAUUUGGAACUAAGAUAAUAUAUUUUAAAAUGAAGUUCAGGAAAUACAAUUUAAAUUAAUAUUUUUUUGCUUCUCAUAAUAUUGAGCAGCACAUCUCUACAGUUAACAUGCCUGUUAGUAACACAGCUGAUCAGAUCAGCUCUCGUAUUCCAGCUGGCGCAAAAGACGGACCCAAAACACAAAGUCAGCAGACAGAGGAAUAAAACGUUAAGACAUUAAAAUAAAUUAUUACUGUAAUCAUUGAGAUCUGACUGACAUGUUCUUUUUCCACCCAGAACUGAACCUGGAAAUAGAAUCAAGACAAAAUGCCACCUGCUGACACGAUGCAGGACUCUGUUCUAGUGUCAUGAUGAUGUGUGCGCGCUGUUUUUCAGUAGCUUUGCAGUGCAAUAGUGCACUUGAUUUUAUUCUUCACAAAUAGUUGAGACAAUGCGGUCUCUACUCUUGCUUUCACAUGACAUUGGUAAUCACACUAUGAGUUAUUCCUUAUAAAACCAGAUUGAUAUGGGACAUUUUUCUCUGUGUAUCUAUCUCACGGUUAAAUAUCCAAAUCUUCACAGUCUGACACUUUGACUAGCACAGGCUCUCUCUCCCUCUCGCCUCCUAAAUACAUAGAUAUACAGUUUAUUCCCUUAGAAGUACCUCUUUAUUCUGUUUCUCCCCUCCUCUUUUAUUUCUGUCCCUGUUGUAUUUGUAGUCGACUCUGACCCAACCCUGCCACCCUGCACCCUGACAUCUCCACAUGGUAUACUUACUGGAUAUUUUUAGGAAUAAAAAGUAGCCACAUGGUUAAGCUACCGAUCACAGCUAUACUGGAUAUUGUUACGCUAAUUGCUAAAAAGCAAUCACAGGUUAUGUAAAGAAACCCAUUCGUCUGUGAGCUUCUACUGUUUCCUCAUGGCUCGGCGCUGCUCAAAUCGUGGCUGAGAAUCUCUUGUUGAGCAUCAUCUUAUCCAACAUUACUGCUGUCUUAAGCUCUGCACAUUUGUGUGCUGUGUUAAAUAUAAAUAGUGUAUGUGUGUGUGCCUUAAGUGUUCAUGGGGAUGGUUGUGUACAGUGUGUCUGGUACUGGAUUGUGUAAGUUGGGCGUGCGAGUGUCUAGAAGUGACCCCAGUUGUAUAUAAGACGUGAAGCUUGAGGAAAUGAUGUUUGAAGGGGGUUUAGGUUGUGGGAGUCUGUGUUUGAUGCGAUUCAGCAUUUGCACUGUUUUGGCUCGUUGUCACAUUAUUGAGGUAAAGCAUUCCAAUAAAGAAAAAACAAACAAACAUAAAAGCAAGGAUCUAAA